GGCGGAGCUUGACCGGCUGGGCGGGCGCUGCGGCUGAGGUAAAGCCCCAAGCGCGGGGCGAGCGCGUGGCGUACCGGUGGGGCACCAUCGGGGCACCACUGGGCGCCUUUCCGGCCGCGCAUGGAGACGAUGCCUUGCCACAACCAGAGGGUAGGCUCGGCAGAUGCGCCCCGGCAGCAGCAGCAGCAGGCUGGGGCGACAGACCGGGACCAGGACUGCUCUGAGCAGGCGGUAACGGGGAGCGGCGUCGGCAGCGGCGUUGUUUCCCGGCAGCUCCGCUUCUCCGAGCCCGGCCCUGGCGGCGAUAGCCCCAGCCCGGAUAGCAGCAGCUGCUGCAGCGGGGGCGGCGGCUGCAGCUGCUCUGGCAGCAACGGGGGCGGCCCUGACACGGCCCCGUCGCCGACCCUCGACCUGCCGGCCGCCGCCGCCCCUCGGCUCAAGCUCCUGCCCAUGAACGACCAGAUCCGGGAGCUACAGACCAUCAUCCGGGACAGGUAAGGCGGGCACGCGUCGGCAGCUCCUAUUCUUGGCGCCAGGCUGGCCUCCCUCUGAGCAUGUGCAGAAUGUCGCCUGUGCGCGCGUGGUUGGGGGCGUCGUGGUGGACAUCUGUCAGCGCGAGAGCCCCUUUCGUUCCCUGACCAGACGGAGCUCCGUCGCCUCGUAGCCUCCUGACAAGAGCUGGGGCGUAGAGUCUGCCCAACCUGCCUUUUGUGGCACCCGCAGGGCCAGGAUGUGCUCAAGUGGCUCUCACUUGUGUGUUUUCGGGGGAAACCCUCCCUUUUCCCGCCCAAAUGUACGCAGUAAUGUAUGUUAUGACUAUCUAGGUUUAGGGUCCAGGUCCAGGUCAGGAUGUGUCGUCUACGGAGGCUGGAAACUCCACUGAAUUUAUUGCGGUCUAAGCUUUUGCGGUUCACCGCAUUAGAUGCAAGAGGAGUUAACGGUGCAUGUUCAUUUGUUGUUUGAAGUUCAGCCUUACGAGCAGGGGAGCCAGCCUUUCUGUACGUAUAUAAAUGUAUAUUAUGCAGUGAUGUUCGCGGGGCGGUCUCUUCUCUCUUGCUGGAUUUGGGCACAAUGAAUGUAAUGGUUCUGAGCGAAGCUGUGGGCGAGCUCUCUUUAAAUAAGAAAUGAUGCGUCCCGCGUUAUGCUUUGCAGGAAGGAGGGGGAGUAGAUGGUGGUGAGGAAUAAACAAAGCAGAAGGGACUUUUCCCAGGUUGGUUUUCCGUGUCUGAGAUAGCUUAGGGCAAAGCUCAGCGAAUAAAAGAGUGUUUCCAUCAUUAACUUACUAGGUGGGGCAUUAUAAAGCACUGUUCUCUUGACCUCAGCCCCACCCAUCAUCAUGGGAAUAGUCAUACUGGCCUACCUUACAGGGCCCUUUUAAAAAAAAUAUGGUUGGAAUAAUGCAUGUGGUGUGCUUUGAAUGCAAUAAGCUUGCAAUUUACACAGGUUAUUUUCUGGGGAUUACCCCUAAAGCCAAAAUUGCAUAUAGUCGAUACAGUCAUACAUCAGGAUAAAUACGCUUCAGGAUAAGUAUUUUUGGGUUGUGCUCCAUGGCGACCUGGAAGUAACGGAGUGCGUUUCUUCCGGGUUUCGCCGCUCGCACAUGCGCAGACGGUCAAAAUGAUGUCACGCACAUGCAUGAAAGCGGUGAAAUGCAACACACGCAGACACGCAUGCGCAUCUUACGUUCUGUUCAGGAUGUGAACGGGGCUCCGGAACGGAUCCUGUUUGCAUCCCGAGGUACAACUGUACACACUGAGUUCAAGGGUAGGUGGGUUUGCCAAAGUCUUUCCCCCCAAAACACCCAUUCCCUUUUCCACCCACUUUUUAAUUACCGGUAAUUUGCCAAGCAUGUAAAGCUGAAUACACUCAAACUAAAUAUAUGGAAGUUUUGGGCUUAUUGUACUAGAAACAUGCUACUUGCUACAUAAAUAUGACCUAUUAAAUACGCUUGAAUUGGCCAUCCAAAUUUGCUGGAAUGGGAGGAAUCUUUUCAAAGGAUAGCUUACCAGGUAGCUGGCAUGGUGUGUCCUUAUGACUGAGGCUUGAGUGUAUGGCAGGUGAUAGUUUUGAGAUCACAUAACCUCAGGGUUGGGUAAAUGCAAAGCAAUAUUUUCCCUUACUUUUUGGAGGACAUUGCAAAAGAGCAAGUCAUAGCACUGGAGUUUUGCCUAUAAUUCAAGCUGCAGCCACCUUCAAUGAAUGGAGAGCUGGAUGUCCAUGCCUGCUGCUUCACUGUUCUUUGCUUGCUGCCAGAUCUGGUUUUGUCAUGCAAACUGACAUGAUGACAGUUUGCUCUGCUUGUACUUGAUUACUGACUGUGGUUGACUAGUAUUAGAAACUUUUUUUUUUCUUUCUUUCUAGGAAGAAGCAAAGAGGUGCAGUGUCAAUGUAUCUUGUCUAGUUAGCAAACCUCUGGGAUUAACAUUAAGUGAAAAUAGGCCUAGCAUAUACCAUGAACUCUGCUAAACUCUUAGGGACAAGUUUUGGCAUGCAGUAGGUGCCUUUCAGAUCCUGCACUGCUGGCUGGUAGGUGAAAGAUUUUAGUGAGUAGGAUGGUGGUUGGGUCCCAAUGCUAAUAAGCACUAUAGCUAAUCACUUCGCUGGUCAUUCAUAGAGAAGGCACUGUUGCAUCUUGCAGCUGCACACAUUGCAGUUUCUUCAAAAAGUAUCACAUGAUGAUUUGGUUGGACAGUGGUCCCACAUCUAGUUAUCUCAGUAAUGUGAGGUUUCUAGGCCAGCUUUGUCCUUACUAGGUGCUUCCAACAUAUAAAACCCAACACAUUAAUAUUUAACCUAUGAAAAAAAAUGAAACAGCAUAAUCAGGCAAUAAAUACUAAUUUUAUUAACUGUACAUUAAUGUUAUCUAGUGCUGAUAUGCAUGCGUUUUGAAUCUAUACUUGUUCAUUCAGGAGUAAAUUUCACUAAGUUCAGUGGGUCUAACUCUAAUUCCAAGGUGAAUUUAGGAUUGCAGCCUUGGAGCAAGCCUGAUCUUAAGAAAGUUUAUUUAGGGAAAUCGGUGUCAUCCAUGGGCUGCCUUUACUUGCUAAUUAUGGAGUAAAUCAGCUGAAUCCAGAAUUCAGAUGAAAGCUGUAUAAGUAGAAAAAUUGCCUGAAAUGUCCUUCUUGGAUUGUACUGUAUAGUUAAACUUCUCAAACAUGCAGCCAGGCUAGGAAAAUGACAGCCGACUAUUGGUUAUUUGAAUGCAUGUUUGGUAUUGAUAUUUAGUCUUUAGCGUACAGCUUAGGUGCAAGCAUUUUGUUUCACUUUUUACAGUUGAUGAGUAUGGACCCCUCUAGAUGAUGUAAUUGUGAUGAUUUGUUCUUUUGAUGCUAUCAGUGUAUGACCCCACAGGCAAAAAAAAUAUUUAUUCCUGCAAAAGUUUUGUGGCAGUCAUACCCUUUCAUUUCCAACCAGUGCAUAGCUGUAACGUCCUGCUGAAAUCCUGUAACUUUUUAUACCACAAAUGCUAUUUUUGUUGUACUAUAGUUGCUCUGGAGAGCAAUAAUGCAAUACUGGGGAAUCAUCACAGAACAACUAUUAAAGAAGAAACUCAAGAACAUGUUGCAAAGUACACCUGCAAUCAGUGUUAGAAACUAAGAUAUAUAAAUUAGGUGCCAAAUGGCUCCUUUAACCAAGGCUAAAGACAACUCUAAAGACUUAUUUUUCAAGUGAUGGACUGACUGGGAUUGAUUAUCACUUAAAUAUUUGGCUAGUUCAAAUGACAACCUUGUGCUAGGUUAAGAACUUUGAGAGAAGUCACUUUAUCCAGGGACAGUCCACAUAUAUAUUGGCCUAUUCCUACAGGAUGUGGUAUUAAUGUGUGAAAACAAUCAAGAUCCAAUUAUCCCCAGGCAUGCACCUCCAUCCUGGCACCCAUGCAUCUUCACUUGGUUGCAAGUGGCCAAUAGCCAGGGGCAAAAUGCGCCUUGUGCAUGGCUAAUUUUGAACACACUGCCUGCAAAAUAACACCAGCUUGGAGGGGUCCCGUGGUUGUGCACACACAGAGUUAAGAGACAACAAUGAAAAAGUUUUUUCUUUCAAACUGCAUAUGGAAGCUUUUCUAUUUAACCAGUUUGGUGAGCUGCUUUCUCCUCCUCAAAAAAAGGAGGUAUCAUGAAAAUCAGCUUUAUGUGCAUUCUUUUUAAGAAGUGCCUGUAUCAUGGGAGUGCCUGUUCUCCACUACAUAAAUGAUCUUGCUGACCAGGUAAGUGUUAGGAUGAUUUGGGCAAGAAUCAUACUACAGUGGUACCUCAGGUUAAGUACUUAAUUCGUUCCAGAGGUGCGUUCUUAACCUGAAACUGUUCUUAACCUGAAGCACCACUUUAGCAAAUGGGGCCUCCUGCUGCCGCUGCGCCGCCGGAGCACGAUUUCUGUUCUCAUCCUGAAGCAAAGUUCUUAACCCGAGGUACUAUUUCUGGGUUAGCGGAGUUUGUAACCUGAAGUGUCUGUAACCUGAAGCGUAUGUAACCCGAGAUACCACUGUACAAUUGUCUGUACAAACAAUGAUGCUUUUCUCAAAGCUACUAGCUUUAUAGUAUAUUAUAUGCUUUCCUGAAUUGUAGCUGCAGCUAUUUUAUCUGUAAAGCUCUUGCAGUAGCUACUUCCUGAUUUUGAAUGAAUGUAUUAACAUGUACAGCACAAUGUAAAAAGUCAGCUAGCUGUAGAUAGCAUCAUGAUUAGCUGUGUGCUCCAGCGGGCAAGAAGAAAUGUCGCUUACAUUGUUUGACAUCACACAUUUAUUAUAGACGCACCCAGUGUUGCCACUGUGCCUUUGGCAGUGUCAGUUUUUCCAUGUCAAAAUCCUCAUUUCUGCGUUUUAUUGAAAUUCCUUGUGCAUCAACAUUUUUUGGGAAAAGCACAUAUACUUUGUUAAUUCCAGUGUAAUGUAUUUGUAAUUGGAGGAAUAUUCGUCAUUCCUUGCCACUAAGUGGCAAGAGAAAACGGUGAUUAGCCAAUAAUCUAGUCUUCUUGUAUAAGAUAUCUUUGGAAUGAAACAGAGAAAAGCAAGGGGAAAAUAGAAUGAUGCAGCAGAGAAAUGUCUGUCCAUCUUAGGUACUCUGGCAGUGGAUUCAAGACAGACAAGAAAAGCAUAAUUAGCAUAUGGAAUCCACAACCAUAAUGAGUUGUAAUGAAUAGUAGGUUGGAUGCCCUCAAUGAUGUGGGUUAUGCAAACAUUUUAAUUUGGAAAAUUCUCAGGAAAAAAUGCCUUAUACAAAUUAAGUUAAUUUGCAUUAGAAAAAAACAGAGGCCCUAGAAAGUAAUGUAGCAUAUUAAUUUUACUUGUAUUUACUAAACAAAGAAACUUUUGAAACUGUCAAGCUUGCUUAGUAUUGUGUGCACCAUUUCAUUGCUACUAAUGAACCUACAAAACAAAAUUUUUUACACCCCACAUCACUAGAUGACUUUACAAAAUAUUAGAGGAAACGGCUCUCUGCAGGUGUCCUAAAUGUGUGUUAAAUACAUGAAGGGGACUUGUAGGGACAAGUGCAAUAGCCCUGCUCCAUGUUCUUUUCCCUCCACAAAUUGGAGGGUUACCUCCUGAGCUGAUCAUCGUCUGAGUUUGUGGUGGCUCUCUGCACAUUUUAGAUCCUUAUUUUUCCAGGCUUCUAAAACAUAUGGGAAGCUUCUGAAUAUAGGAAGGUGUUUUACUUCAGGUGACUGCCGUUCAAUUUGUGGAGGGUGAUGCGGGGGAAAGGGAAUGUGCUGAUUCCCAUAGCCCCUCUUGCAUAUUUACUUAAUACACAUACAGAGCACCUGAAGAGAGCUUUUGACUGUCAUGAAAAAUGGGACCUUAAUGUCCAGGGCUAGUAUGCCCCCUGAGUACCAGCUGCUGGGAGCAAUCCCUAGGGCAUGGUUUUAAAGAGGCCUCUGCCUGGAUGCUGUAGAAACAGAAUGCCUAAUCCUAUAAAGGCAUCACUUUUGAAGGAAGACAGCUUUUGCUUGAUUAUGGAAUACAAGGCAAUUGGCAAUCCCCUAUGAUUGUUAAAGGUAGCCAAGACAUACAGCUGUUUACACAUGCAUAUCUACUUGAUUUCUUUCUUUUUUGGUACUGUUAAAGAUGCAGGGCAGUAAGUGGAGUUCUGGCAGGGAGGAACAAGGCACAAAAUAAAUGAACCCUAACAUGACCAUCUUGUGUAGCUAACCCCGUGUCUAAAUUUAACUCCGCUAGACUACUGUACACUUGACGGUUGGCAGCUGAAUGUGUAAGCCAACCACAUAGAAAUGUGUUCAGUUGAAGGUAGUGCAGAAGAUUGUCUGUGAUGACACUUGGAUAAAUUCUAGGUAAGACAGGAAUGCUUCCCCUUAGAAAUAAGAAAGACAAUGGACUCCAUGCAAGCUGUCUUCUUAAUUGGAUGGAAGUAGUCUAGCCACAGCUGCUUAUGCUCAGGUAACCUCCUGUUUAAGACUAUUCCAAUGAGUUAUAUGUGGGAGUGCUUUCAAAAACUGUCUGAAAUUUCAGAUGGUCCCGAAAUGAGAUGGGUUGUUUGAUCACAUUAUACAAGUCUGUUUUCAGGUUCAAUUUAAAGUAAUGAGAUCUUGCUGGAAGCUACUAUGGCCAGUACCACCACUUCUCCCAUAGAGGUGCACCACCUUUGCUGCUGCAGCCAGAGAAGCGGCAGUGGCAGUGACUUCUAGGUUUUGGCAAGACCUUGUGGAUCUCUUGCAAGAUCUCACUGAAACCUGGAAGUUGCUGCCACAGCCUCACAACCCUAGAAAGCAAGGUUUUGGUUGAACUGUCAGUGGGGAGAGGUUGACACCUUCCUGUUUUGUCUCAGGUGGUGAAAUGGGAUGGGCUGCCCCUGUUGAUCACGGUGAUAGGACAAGGGAUACAAAUAUUGUAUACUUCAGUGGCUUGUUUCAUUGAAUAUUUGUACAUGUCUCGUGUUUAUAUAUGUAUGCUGGGUUUAAUGGGGAGUGGGAUUUAGUCUCAAAACUUUCAUUCCCAGCGCAGAUUAUAUUGCCUGAUUUCAGGGCUAAAAUUGGCAGUGCUGCAGUUUACAAUGAAAAAAGGAUUUGCAGGCAGUUGGGCUUGAGAACAGGUUUCCAUAGAAGCAGCUCUGAGCAGUGUGUUUCUAUUCUGACAAAAUCCAAAGUUAAUGGGAGGUAAAUUUAACUACUGGCAUUUUGUAUAUGGCUGCAGAUGGUUUUAACUGCUUAUACACUGAUCCUAAAUAAGCAACAAAAGCCACUCUUUUUUUUGAAUGGGGGAUCAAGUUUAUUAUGGAACUAACUUGACCCAAUAAUAUUGUCACACAUGAGCUUAUAGCUUCUAGAAAGGAUUUUGACUUCAUCUGCAUGUUCCAAUUAAUAGCAGUCUUAACUGCUGAUACUUAAUUCUGAUCAGAAUAUGCAGAAUGUGACCAUUUUAGGUUGCAAUAUUUUCCUUUUGUGAUUGCUUAUUUUAGUGGUUUACAAUAUGAUUAAAAAGUUAUAAUAAAAAUCAAUUAAAAUUACCCACAACAACAGAAUGCUUAAAAUGCCUACUGAAAUAAGGACUUCAUUAGAUGCCAGAAGUUCAAAAUGGAUGUCAUCUGUCUUAUCUCAGCUGUGAAGGAGUUUCAUGGAGUUCAGCCCCAAUAUUGAACAUAAGGCUCCUUGUGGAUACAAGUUGUGCAUUUGAGCCAUUGGUGAGGUGGGGGAGCACUAACAGUGACUCCAUGAAGACCUCAGUGAUUAAGCAUAUAAAAGCCAGGCAGUUCUUAAGAUAACCUGCACCCAAGUUGUUAAGAGCCUUGUAAUUUAAUGAACUUUGAUUCUGGCCUGGUAGAAUAUGGGUAGGAAGUGCAAGCUUUUAAGCAUUGAGUUAUGUACUUGUGAUAGCCUGUACCCACAAAGAGUGUAGCUGGUUGAGUUCAGCUAGUUCACCCAUAACAAACUAUACUUUGAAGGAGUCUUUAGGGGACUCCUUGGCUGUUUAAAGUGGUAUGAUUCUGCCUUAAAUGUAUAGUGCAGAUGGGGUCUGAGUAUGAAUAUCAUGCUAAACCCGUGGUUUUCCCCUGCCUACCCCCUAAUAUUCUUAAGGGGGUCUCUUCUCCAGUCUUCAGAAAGUAGCUGGAAGUGGGGAGGCAGAAAAAGGUCCUCCUUUCCUUCCACUCUGCAGUUUUAAUCUGAAUGAAAUCUUAGGCACAGUACUACGCCCAGAGCUCAGAAGCUGUUCACAGUAAUGAAAUUCCCUGUCGCAAAAUGUGCAAUGGGAGUUUCGAACACUGCAUGAGAUGGCAGAAUCUUUUUCCUAGUGUUUUGAGUUAAUUCUGUUUUUGAGUGGACUAUAGGGAGACCAUACAUUUAGGACCCCAUGGACUGCUACUUCACUUUCUAGAUUUAGAUUGUCAGGCUAAAUAAUACAAUGAGUAAAAUGAGAUUCACAUGCAUAACUCUUUGUCUUCAUGCAUAACAUCUCUGCUUAUAAACCUUCUUAGAAAACACUUUAAAUCCACCUCUAAUGACUAAUGUUCAAAGACCUUAAUGACUUCACUUCAAAUAAGUUAAUCUAAAGGUCAAGCCUUUAGUUUAUAUUAUGAGGGAAAGUGAUAGAUGCAUUUCAGCACUUAUUUUUAAUUGUGUGCAUAUUUUCUGGGAUAUUUAACAGUAGUAGCUUGUUGGAUAAUCAUACUAAAAAUUCUAUUCUUUUCCUCCAGGACAUCCAGCAGAGGGGACUUCGUAUUUUCUGCUGAUCGAUUGGUAAGUUAGUUGAAGGCCUGUUGUGUAGAUUGGUGUAUUAACAGGAGUAUUCUGCUGGAAUGAAUAACUAUUACUGGAAAAGAGAUAAAUUUUCUUUGAACCUGCUGCUUAUUUGAAAACCAACGUUCUGUCAGUAAUAGUUUUCAUAUCAGCAUUUAUGUUUAAUCCUAAGCAUAUCUGCUUUUAUGCCAACAGACUUCCAAUAAAUAUGUGUAGGAUUAGGCUAUUAAUAUGCUGAACUAAAUUGUGAUCUAGAAACAAAAACUCAGGCUUGCUUUCUACAGUGACAUUAUUAGUUUCUUUGCAGAGUUUCUUGCACCAAACAGAUAAAACCAUUUAGCUUUUAGCUGUUAAGAAACACUCUGGUGUCCUGACUACAUGACAUUUUCAGGAUGUUUACUUAACAUGAUCCCAUUUUAAAUAAUGGGCAGUAUCUACUACACAGAGAAUCUCCUGCCAUUCUUUAAUGCUGGCUUGUUCAUGGAAAUACCCACUUACACAAUAACAGACAUGAAGUUCUUCCACUUACAAAUCGUUUCCCCUCAACUAUGGAAGAAUACAUUAAAUAUAUAUAUAACCAAGGAAAAUCCUUAUUUUGUUACAUUUUCUUGUAUACCUACACCUAGGGCCACUUCCCAUGCGACAUUUUUCCUACAUAGAGUUGUGGGGGUGGAGGGACUUGCCCUGAUCGCUACUGGAAUGUGGCCCACAACAGCUUGUGACCAUUGUAAUGUGGCCCUCAACCUGGAAAAGGUUACUUAACCAUCGGAUAAAGAAAGAAUAAGAUGAUAUUACAGUUUGAAAAUAUCUAGGCAAGGGGAGUUCAAACUGGGAGUCUUUACAGGAGUGUAGCUUUGAAGUCUUGUGCUCUUUGUUCCAUGCUUUCCAGUGUGUAAAUGUUGUACAUACAUUAUACCAAAAAAAAAAAAAAAAUAGUUAAAAUGAUCUGUAGGUGGUCAGAUGGUGGAUCAAAGUCCAUUGUGCUUAUUUCUGGACUGUUGAAGAUGUUGAGGGGAGCACUUGGGCUGUGCCCUUGCACUAAUGGUGUGCUAGCAUUUAGUUGAAACUGAAGCCUUGCUGUGACAAUGUUUUCUCGGUUUUCUUCCACUUUGUCUUGCUCCCUCCCCCAUUUGAAUUCUUUCUCUCUUACAGAUCAGGCUUGUGGUUGAAGAGGGGUUGAAUCAGUUGCCAUACACAGAAUGUACAGUAACCACUCCAACAGGUAAUGGGGAAAGUAUGUCCAGCCUAGCUGGUGUGGAGAAUAAGGAUAUGGUGUAAAGUAAAAUGGGCAGUGUGGUUUGACCUACCAAUAAAGUUAGCUAUAGAGUGGGCAUUCUGCAAAUAAGAGGAUAUUUAAAAUUUGAUCACUUUGUAAAAUGAUUUUUUUGAGAUAAUUUGGCAAAAGCCAGGCCUUUUCAGGACUGGGAGAAAAACAAUUUUUAAAAUGUGUUUGCUAGACUAGGAAGGCCCCUGCAGAGGAGGGGGGCAUCUGGAUAUACCUGCCCCAGGCUAAGCCCACUGAGUGGGGAGGGGCAUCAGUGGCCUGUUUGAGUUUAUUACUUUGUUCUAACAAGAUUCCCUCCCCAGGCCUCAGACAAACUCUGCAUGGGUCUGAGAAUAGGUCUUGGUUUAGAUGCAAUGUAUGAGUGUCUGGCUGGAUGUAGAAGGGAUGUAGGGCCAUUCUUGUUGGCUCAUCUCAGAGACCAGCUACUUUUGACUUCUCCUGUCCAUCCCACCUGAUCAUUAGAAGGAUUUGUACCCUGCUGACAUUCAUGAAUGGAGAUAAUACAAAAGAACCAAGGGAAGGAAUAGAGGGAAGUUGGGGGGUUCAAGUAAUCUCAUAAUGUGGAUUUAAUAUUGAUUGUGUAUACAGUUGUUAUAAAUGUUUUAUUUUAUUAUUUUUUCUCCUCUUUAAUGUAAUGUUUUUGCAUGGAAAUUAAUAAAUAUAUUAUACAAAAAAGAAAGAAGGAUUUGUACCCAAGCUGAUCUCCCUUCCAAUACAUUAUCCGUUUGUCGUUUGUGUGUGUGGUUUUUUUUAAGUUUGUAAACUUAAGGACUGUUGUGUGUGUGUGUGUGUGUGUGUGUGUGUGUGUGUGUUGAUUAAGAUGCUCUGUGAGCCUUUUUGGGAUGAAGAGUAGGAUAAAUAAAUAAACUUCUGUUUUAUCUUGUACUCUCUGUGGAACUUUCAGGGGUAGACAUCUUUGUGAAAUCACCGAGGUGUGUAAAAUGUGCCUUAGAAUUGUAAGUGGUUAAUGCAACUUCCACUGUCCAUCUUGAAAUAGGAUAUUCAGUGUGAGUAAAAGGAAAACAACAUCUUUAAUCCAGAUUCUGUGUGACCUUUCAACAGGGUACAAGUACGAAGGGGUGAAAUUUGAAAAAGGAAAUUGUGGAGUCAGCAUAAUGAGAAGUGGUAAGUCAUUUAACAUUUUGUGUGUGUUCAGUCUUUUUAUUAUCAGUGCAGUGUUGCUGUUUCUAGCAAAAGUGGCACCAUAUUGGAAAUAGAUGUAUGACUACUACGUAAGUUACUAAAUUAUAUUUAGGAAAGCAACAUAGAGGGCUGUAAGAGGAACAGUGACAAAAAUGACUAUGCUUUCCAAGCAAAGGGUUAAUCCUAUAUGUCCUUUCUAAGAGCAAGUUUUGACACAGCCACUUUUGGCUUGCAUCCUCAUGGAAAAUGGAUGAUGGAAGUGUGUAUUCAUAAUUUUUCACAUGAAUGUAAGUUGCAUCUUUCCUUGCUGAUAGUGCUUGCCUCUCACACCAGCUUUUAUUGAAUGGCAUCAGCUGUCUUCUGUUAUAUGGGGAGCUACUGUAUGUUGCAGAAUGAAAAUUGCAUAUAGAAGCCAUUGCGAAAACAAAAAGGCAGGUAGAUUAGUGAAACAGGCUGGCCAUUGCUUGAUUUGUAACUGUUUCUUGUUUUCUUCCCCCCAUGAAGGAGAGGCUAUGGAACAGGGUUUGCGUGACUGUUGUAGAUCAAUCCGAAUAGGAAAGAUCCUGAUCCAGAGCGAUGAAGACACUCAGAGAGCCAAAGUGUACUAUGCAAAGUUUCCACCAGAUAUUUUCAGGAGAAAAGUUCUCCUCAUGUACCCAAUACUAAGUGAGUGCCUUAAAGGAUUCCCCACCCUAUAAAUAUUGACCAUUUGACUAGAGAGCUCUCUUGGAAGGCAAAUCUAUCAUUGGUUAGAAUUAAGGAUUUGGUUUGGGGCCAUACAACACUGGAUUUUUCAAGCUUUUCCAGAAUUUACAUUAGUUGAACUACAGCACAUUAGCUGGCACAGCAGUGUCUAUAGCAGGCAUAGGCAAACUCGGCCCUCCAGAUGUUUUGGGACUACAACUCCCAUCAUCCCUAGCUAACAGGACCAGUGGUCAGGGAUGAUGGGAACUGUAGUCCCAAAACAUCUGGAGGGCCGAGUUUGCCUAUGCCUGGUCUAUAGGCUGCACGUGUUGAAAAUAUGCAUCUAAAGAUGCAACUUGUUGCUUGAGUCACUUAAGUACAAACAAGUAAUGAGGAUGUUGAUGCUGGGUGCAACUAGUAGACUGUAACUGUUCAGCUUGAAGUGUUGAAGCUUUUGCUCAUUCCUAAAUGUUAAUUAAAUAGGAUCAGAUAUUUAUUUCUCAGAUCUGAGCUGUUUGAUUCUGUUUAACCAAUUUUUAAAUUUCAAACUUUUAUAAAAAUGCAUUAAAAUCAGAUAUAGAAGCCAUAAUAGUCUCAAACCCCAAUGCCAAAUGCACUUGCUAGAAAUUGACUAGAUAAUUUAGUUCAGAGUUAAGUGUUUAGAAUUGAGAUUUAAGCCCAUGGCUGCCACCCAUUUCGAAACUGACCCUAUUUACUCCUUGAAAGAGUACAUUGAGCAAUGCUAGCCAUUGGAGAAGGAACUUUAGAUGCACUGAGCUUAUUGUUUUAGCUUAUUGUUUUUGUUUGGCAUGUCAGAAUUCAUACCUAUAGACCAUGCAGAUUAAUGGUGAAAUAGUUUGAUUUUGAUAGUAACAUAACUUGAAAAUAUACUAGAGUAAUUCCUCUUUCUCCUCCUCUCCCCCCCCCCCAAAAAAAAAAUAUUGUCAGGUACUGGCAACACUGUGAUUGAGGCUGUAAAGGUUCUUAUAGAACAUGGAGUCCAGCCAAAUGUCAUAAUCCUGCUGAGUCUAUUCUCUACACCUCAUGGUAAGUUAAAGCAACAGGGCAGACAAACAGCCAAACUGAAUGUUAUGAGCUAGUCCUGUUGACUUUCUCUGGUACAGGAUACACAUUAUCUUUAUCAAAAAUAGACAAUAACAUGUUUACCUAUAUGUGUGCUGAUUUCUGUAAUUGGUUGUUUCCAGAAUUUAUGGUACAGCUCCACCACAUGUGCCAAUAAGAUCCCUGCUCCCCACGCUUUUCAUGUCAGUUGCCUGCCAAGGAAUACUUUGUUACAAGGGGACUGGGGACAGAUUCCUUCCUCUCAGUACACAUGUGGCCCCAGUCCACUUUACUGGGAUUUGCCAUUGACCAACUCAUGUCAGCAUCCAGGAUCAUUGCAAUUAAUGACACUUGACCAAAGAAUGCAGCUAUGUACAAAACAUUGGGGAGGAAAAUGGAUCAUUGAAAGGAGUUAAUGCCAGCAGCAAUUGCCAUUGUGAGCAUGUAAUUUAAUAAGACAUUUGAUGAAGUCUGUAUGUUAGAUGGGUUAAUUCUAAAGGGGGGGCAAAGGAGGAGGAGAGAGAAGAGAAUCAAGCUCCGUAAUUAGAUGAGAGCCCUUGUUGCAGAGUUGCAAAUGUAGUUUACUGAAAUGUUUGACUUCCCCAACUUUUCUUUUUUUAAAGGUGCCAAAUCAAUAAUCCAGGAAUUCCCAGAUAUCACAAUUCUAACGACAGAAGUUCAUCCUGUUGCCCCAACGCAUUUUGGACAGAAGUAUUUUGGAACAGACUGAAGUGCUUUAACCAGUGUGUGUUUUGUUACUGUAUGAUAUGAUACCAUUUUUCUACAUUUUAUAAUUUGAAGGAGAGGUAUUGCUGGGUGUAUUUAACAGCCUAUUUUUCUUUUGCCAAAGGUAAAAAUAACCUGGGCAAGUAUUUUUUUUUUUUUAAUUUAAAAGGGAAAAUACUUUAUCUUGUGUCCACUUGAGUUGAGGGCAGCAAUGAAGCACAUUGCGCUGCAACAGUCUUCCAAUGAUGCGCAUAUCCAGAUUGCUGCACUCAUGGUUCCUUUAUUUAUUCUUUUGUAGCCAGUUUAAGUGGCUGCUUGUAACUGCAAAAUAAAUUAACUGUGAAGACACCAUAGCCUAUUUAAUUUUUCAGUGCUUAUAAGCACAGUUGGAAUUUUUCGGAAGUCUUGAUGCUUUGCAGACAACGGCUCCAGGUAAUAUUCUUAAACCGUAUUGCACUUAUGAGCUUGUUAAGAAGAUGUGGUUAACAGAAACCAGUCACAGUCCAGAGAGUGAUGUGUGCAAUAUAAUACACUGCUCGUAUUUGCCAGCUCAGGCUUGCACAAGCCCUUGGAAGGAUUGUGUAGUAUGUGCAGAGCAGCUUAUGUGGGUGGCUUUGCACAGAGUUCUCUUGCAAACAGCACAUUUGAAAAGGAAGAUAACUGCUCUGUAUCCAAAGCAGCUUCUUCCAGUUACAGCCUGUAAAGUGGGGGGUGGGGAAUGGAUCCUGAAUGAAUUGUUGGACUCCAACCCCCAUUAAAUCCAACUAGCAAGGACAGUGGCCAGUGAUGAUGGAAUUGUAGUCUGUGUCACAUCUGGAAUACCACAGGUUACUCAUCCCUUCAGUAAAAUGUAAAAGCAUUAUAGUUUUAUUCUAAUAUGGCACUAAUUGAUUCUCAAUAGUGACAUUUUUUCUAAUCUGCUGGCACCCCAAAACUAUUUAAGAUUUAGAUUUCAAGAAAAAUCAGCUGUGUCUUCUUUUUACAUUGUUACCUUUGUCAUUGUAUUCAUAAUGAGGAUCUCUUAAUCAUGUGAUUGGGGCCUGAGGAUCUUUGCUUUUAAAAGAACAAAAUUCAAGCCCUCGUGACUGAAAGCUUUAAAACAGCUGAAAACAUUAAAGCUGGAGAGGUGAUUGAAUAAGAUUGUCAAUGGCUGGAAGCUGAGCUAAUUAUCCAUCACCAUGACUUGCAGAAUCGGGGAGGGGGG